CGGCGGCGGUGGUGGAGAGGAGGGGGGAGACGGAGAUCCGAUUUCACAUCAGAAAUAACUCGCCACUCAUGUUCGCCGCGACUGACGAUCAAUCUCGCUUCGGGUCGCUGGGUUUCACAGCGCAGCGCGUUAACCACUGCGCCACCGUUCCCACCACCGCCACCGCCGCAAUAAUCUGUCGGACUCUUGCACAAUUCUCUUCCAAUAAACGGGGCCUCGUGGCAAGGGAGGGGGGCGGAUUCGUGCUCAGCCGCUUGCCACCGUUCCUCUCUCCGCCUUCGGGGUUGGCUGUCAUUCAUUAAUUCCCUCGGCAAAAGUAAACACAAUAAAUAACUCGCAUGAGUAAAUAAACAAACGCCGGCGCGUUCAUCGCCCGCUCGUUCUCGGACUCGCUCCUCUUCGACCGCGACUCGCCGCGCGUGCUGCCCACGUGGACUCCACACGGACUGCGACUCGCCUGCAGGUACUAGAGGACUCAGCCGCUCGAGGAAUCGCUCCGUGGCAUUUGAGAGAACUCCCAACAGGGACUCGCAUGGGAACUCGAAGAUACAAGGAACUCAGAGAAUCAGAAUCGAGGAAUCGGACUCGAAGGUUCGUAGGCUGAUCGCACAACGAGCGAGGUGGUGAUUCAAGGCACCCCCCCUAGAGUCAAGGACUCACGGACUCGGGGAUUGAAGGACUCGGCGGUUUCAAGACUCGGAGCUUCAGAGGCUCUCACUUGGUACUCGGGAUCCGACUCAAGACUCGAGGAAUCCGGUACCCAGGGAAUCGGGAUUUUCGGCCUGAGGGACCUUUGAGACUCGAGAGACACGUGGACCGAGAUACUCGUAAGAGACGCGGGGACUCUGAGAUUUUGGGGAUUGGAGAAAUCCGGGACUCCAGAGCAAGAUAUCGAUUUGACGCGCGGGGUGACGGAGUGCGGAACGCAGUGGCCACACAGCACAGACUGAGGAGCACCCUGCACACACAGCGAGGCGUCGUCACGCUCGGUGAUCGAACCCACGGUGGUUGACACGACCGCUCUUGUGACGCCGCAGCCGUCGAUGGCGAUCCUCCCUGGCUGGGAAAUGACGGAGACGGGUGGCCCCGCAGAGCCCCGCGACCUGCCCAACGAGCACCCGGUGGUGAGGGCCCGCGUGCGGGAGCUACGUAGCCUCGCCCUGCGAGACCUCCCCAGUGCCCCCAUCUGCCUCGCCGACGACUUCCUGAUGGCGUUCGUGCGUGCCCGUGACCUCGACUGUGCGCAAGCCUUCCAGCUGCUGAGGAAUUACCACCGCUGGAGGGAGGAGUGCUCGGAGCUCGUUGGGGACCUGCGCCCGGGUCCACUGCUGCCGCUGCUGGCGCGGGGCUACCACGGGGCGCUGGCGCGGCCCGACACGCACGGCCGCACGGUGCUGCUCUACCGCGUCGACCGCUGGGACCCCAAGGUGCACUCUGCCACGGAGGUGUUCCGCGUGAGCCUCCUCACCUCGGAGCUGCUGGCGCGGGACGCGCGCACGCAGCUACGCGGCGUCACCGUCAUCUUCGACCUGCGGGGCCUCCGCUUCGGACACGUGGCCCGCGUGGGCCCCACCAUGGCGCGCCGAAUCGCCAGCGUCCUCACGGACUCCUUCCCCAUCAAGGUGCGCUCCAUACACCUGCUCAACACGCCGCUCAUCUUCAAGUCGCUCUUCGCCAUCAUCCGGCCCUUCCUGUCGGAGAAGAUGUACUCGCGGAUCAACGUGCACAGCGGCGACGCUCCACGGAGCCUCGUGGAGGAGGUGGGGCUCUCCGUGAUGCCCGCCGAGCUCGGCGGAGAGGGCCCCAGCGUGGAGGAGGUGUGCGCCGAGUGGACGCGGGUGCUGCUGGGCUCCGAGAUGGAGCUCCGCCGUGUGACGUCGCUCCACCACGACUCCCUGUGCCCCUGCAAGCUGCUGCUGCUCAACGACUGAGACCUCCACGAGGGGUCGAGGGGGGGGGGGGGUCGGGUGACCGUGGACGCUGCUAGGGACCACGUGGCACGCGCUGUCGCUUCCUUCCGGCUGCUUGAUAUGGGUGCUCAAUUUUAACGACCUCAAAGUCUCAUCAUCAUCAUCGCCUGCCGCCACCACCAACGUCUCAAUUGUGCUCAUCCCUUAGUUUCUGAGAUCUCUCCUCCUCCUCCUGAUCACAACGCCUACGGAACUUUCUCCCACAGUUAUGUUCCCAACCUGUUGUGUUACUCGAUCCUACCACGAUCUGUACAGAAGAAUGGCCAACCGGCUUUUACAUGUCAGCGAAUUAUUAUGGAUGAAUACUACGAAUAACAGUGCGUUUUGCUUUCAAUUUAUGUGGAAUCUUAUAUAUUUUUUAAGCAAUUAAAAUGGAGCAGUAUCGUAAAUAAAUAGACCUAGCAUAGGUCGGUCCAUGUAUAGAUACAUCAUUGGUUUCUAUUGACUCUCGUUAAACGAUUGAACGUGAGGAAUGAGAUGGUUGGGAAAGAAGAUGUUAUUUUGUUUAAACUUGAUUAAUUCCUCCCAGUUAUUUUAGUGGGGCAUCUAUCGUUGGAAAGGAGCGCGUCCAACAGGACGUCCACUGGGGAGAUGGAGCGAUAAAAGCAUUACAAAAAUCUGCCGCUGGCUAGGUGGACUCAUAUAUCGCAGCAGUGGAUUGACUCAAGUUGAUUUUGUUUUGACGAGCUAUGAACUCGGAGGAGAGGAAUCUCAGUGUGCGCGAGUGACACGGGGCAUUGGUCUGCUGCUAGUAGCGGGCAAUGACUGAUGUCGUGUGGUCUCGCCUAGGGGCACCCCUAGUGGCAGCUGUCCCUCUGCAUCAGUCUGUCAGUAGGGGGCGAUGACUGUUCCGUGUGCGUGUCUGCGUGAUCGUGUGUUGGUGGCUCGGAGAUGUGAACUCCCUCGCCUGGUUCGCAGGAGGUCGUGGGUUCGAUCACGACCCUGACGCCUGCUGCUGCUGUAUAUUUGGAGUUUGCGUCUCUCUCCACGUGGUCGCGUGGAUGUUUCUCCGGGUCGUCUGGAGUUUCCCUCCACAUGUAUAAUCAACUUCACGCGGUUAGACUUUAGUGUAUUUAUCUGCGGUAAAUUUCCACAUGAGCGACUUAUUUGAGCUUUAAUUUGUGAAGGUCAUGUCGCUUAUCAAAAAGAGCUACGUAGCUCAGUGGGCCUUACCUGUUAAAAAUAAAAUAAAGGAAUGAAUUUUCAUAAUACCACGCGGCAUUAUUAAUCGGGGCGGCCGCUGGAUUCGAACCAGUAAACCACCUCUCGACGAACGCGCUACCGCUGGUGCCACGUGCCCGCACCAGUCAACCAAUCAACUAUAUAAUCGAUUCUUAAGCUACCGCGUGGCUCGCGGUCGACGCGAUUUCGAUGCGACCUUGUAUUCUGGACCAAACUGCCGCCGGGCAAUAGCUGGCGCGUCAGUCCAACUCGCGAGCGACUUCCUCUGACCUUGCAGCGAAACGUGGGAA